CUCUCCAAGACGUGGACGGUCUUCAUCUUUAUUCUCAUCGUCAUCGCUACGCAGUCCAAGCUCGGACUGGCUUGUAUCAUUUUCCCCUAGUACGAGUCAAAGCCAACCGCCACCGAUCCGGCAACGCACGAAAAGAAAGAUGAGUCCGGGAAAGUCCACAACGGCUACUAAUGCCGACCGACCGUCUCAGAAGCGAACCUCUUCUUUUAGCGGCUUCUUCAGCAAGAUCCUACCGACCAAUCGUCCGGAACAGGGAGGCACAUCUCGCACAACUGACUGGACGGCCGAUGAAGAAAUCGAUCCUAAUGAGUUGACCGGUUGGAAUCUUGCUAAGGAGAAGAUUCCAGCUCACCACACAACAUCAUUAAUAGUCCCUGAAGAAUCUAUUCACCGCCGAGUCUGGAGUUGGAGUCCCCAAAAGGGUGACUCUAGGUUCGUCGAAAACUUACCGAGGGAUCGAUCCCUUGGGCGAGAACAGUCUCUGGAUACACCAGAUCGUGAACCACUUCCGCCCCGAAAAUCGGAAGCCCUGACCAGGGCGGAGGUCCACGAGUUGUUCAAGUCCAAGGAGAUGAGCAGGAAAAACCGGCGAAGCCUGAAGGAGAGCGGAGAUUGGCUGGGUGUUCAAGGUGCCGAUCCAUACUCGGGAAAAUUCCCGGUUCUGACGCCUACGGAGACGCCCAGCUCGGAGACGACAAGCAGUUCGACACGAGGCAGGCUGGCCGGAUUGUCACGGAAGAAGAAGGCCGCAAAGUUGGAGUAUGAGCAGGCUAAGCUAUUAGAAGAACAGGAAAAGGACAAGGCUAGAUUAGACAAGGAAAAAGCUAAGCUUGACAAAAUCGAACACGCGAAGGAAGAACUCAGACGCCAGAAUUCAUCUACCAAAUGGAGCCAACACAAGCGUCAGUGGUCAUCCGCGGCCGAACCCAGCCUUAGUCCAAUCGCCCAAUCCCUAGAUAGUGUGGCACUAGGAAGCAGUGAGACCUCCAGUUUACUGUUUUCGGGGAUGCCCACUGACUCUGCCUCAUCAGAUCCUGAGGAGGUCACAAUUAUUCCGAAUUUUUCUCGCCCUACUCGCCCGCCAGUCUCUUCGAAAGCUACCUUUGGUCAAACAGAACGACUUAGUUACGAUGGUCCGCAGCGCCGAGGACAUGAGCGUAGAGACUUAUCAACAGACACGAUUAUUCAUACUUUACCAGAUACUAAUUUCGAUUCUGCAUCUCUAACGAAGUCGGCUACUCAGCCAUCUGAGGAAAGUCUUAGCGUUGGGCAACCAGAUAUUGGGCGAACCAAAAGCGAGAGGCAUUUUUUAUGGAGACGCCGACGAGAAACCGACCCGGGAAAGUCCGUAUCAAGCCCCCCGGUGAGCUUCAUGACGUCCAUGAGAAACAAGAGCCGGGCGUUGAGUUCGGUUCAGCACAUACCAAAGGAUCACUUUGCCGACCUAGACAUCCCGGAUUAUCGUCUCCACCUCCUGUCCCCGGAACCAGCAGACACGGGCGACAGUCAGUCGACACAUUCGGAAGACUCCCAGUUAACUACGCCCAACUUAAGCACGCUAGGGAUAGCAAGCGGCAACAGAUUGGCGCUGUCCUCGACUACAAACCUGGCCCGUUCACUGGGAAACGACAAAAGCAGCCCCAGCGUAAACGGAGCUACAGUGACCUCAUCCCAGUCGAGACUGAAGGGAAUCAUGAGACGUCCUUCGAAUUCCAUACGCCGGAAAUUAGGUACGACUCAUACCAAGGAGAUGGAGAGAAACCAAAGGUCACCUCCAACUUUCGACCAAGUCCAAGACUGCUCGGUCAACCAUUUACCGGAAGAUAUCCCGGAGUGCCAGAGCCAACAUCUACAGCUGAGUCUGCACGGGAGGAUCAGUUCGGAGCAAGCAGAGAUGACGUCGCCUCUCCUGGACAAAAUGUUCAGAUCGUCCCGGAGAGAAUCUGUGUCCAUACCCAUCACCACCACUACUGGAUGCGUGGACCUCGCCCUGGAGAACCAAUCCAACUUUCCUCGCCCAAAAUGGGAUAUCGAAAUCAACCAGAUCAACGGUCAUACGGACACCAUGGAUUUCCCGACGAUUCCAAUGUCUUCCCAUCAGCAAGAGUAUCGCAUCACGCCACAGCCGAUUCCAGGGGAGCAUAGGACGCCUUCCCCUCCCAUCAUGAUACAGAAUGGCUCGCCGAAUUUCGAACCCCUUCAAGGAACACCCGAGAUCGUUACAAUAUCAACCCACGAAGCGGCGCUGGAAGAGAAACCACCGACAAGAGUCUCCACACCAACAACCCCCCGCCUUUGCCGCCUCGUUCAACAGAAUCUCGAAACGAGAGACGCCGAGAUACCGAAGAGCACAAGCAUGGUCGAGGAGACAGAACCGGCCAGGACGCAAGUACUCAAGCCUGUAGUAGAUUCCAACAGCAUAACCAAGGAGGGAAAGCAGAGUCGGAAGAUCAGCCAAGAGCGUCAAAGAAAGAGUCCGGCCCAAGUCCUAAAGGUGGCUUCACGAGAGGCUCAACGGCGCCUAUCAACAGAGGGCCAAAAGGAGAAUAUACUAGGAGAGGCGGCCCAGAUCGCCAUGUUGCGUUCGAGGACCAAGGAGACAGCGAGAAACAAAUCGGCGGAUCGCAAGGCAGGCCGAAACCGCAGCCGAAGUCCCAGCCCGGCAAAGAAGCAUGUGCCAAGCAAAACGACGGAGCCGAAGCACUCGCUCCAGCAAAGGCACCCGAAAAAGAAACGUCACAACGAAGAAGGCGGAGGCACCGGGCUUCCUUCCAAGCAUGAACACGUCAAGAGGAACACAAACCAAAUACAGACACAGCACAAGAGAGGUUCUACAGAAAGUAUUGAUUGGACGGACGUGACAGCGACAGCGGUCCAAUUCUGUAAAACCGUCUACGUAGUCUGCCUCGGCUUGGCUUGCACGUGGUGGGCUAUGGUCCGGCCGGCGUUUGAUCAGCAAAGCGAUCUCUGGAAGAGGAGGCACAGGAAGCAAAGCACAUGGGAAGACGCGAUCGUCUUUAUCUUGGCGGGCGUAUUUUGCCUAUCCGGUGGAAUAGCCAGUUGGUAUGCAUCGAAGACACUCUGGUGGUUUAUAGAGUAGUGGCUUUUUGAGACUUGGAGACUUUGUAUGGUACAAUAGGUUGGUAUUCUUGUAUAAUUAUGUAUGAGCUUGAGGGGGUUCGGCUUUCUUAGAACUGCCUAACCUGGUAAUGAAGCUCUCUCGAUACGGAUAGCCGACUGCGGUAUUCGGAAAUGGAUGGAUAAUGGGUACUAACCCCAUUUUCCACCAGGCCGUUCUAGAUGGUUGAGGCUCCGACGAGAGCCGAUGACCUGAACGGCAGCGAAAAUUGGAGCUGAGGGACGGUAAGCAUCGGAGACACACCGGACCGCUAAAAGGCUAAAAAAAGGGAGAAGUAUUCCUGGAGGUUGCCGGAACUUCUGCGUACCACUUUAAUAUAACAAAAGUGCGGUGAAUAUGCAUCGCACUAUGCUAGAGGUAGUUGUACGGAUUAUCAUUAAUUAUUCGGUGUAACGAUUUCGCAAUU